AGGCAGCUCCUAGCUGGCAGUGAAGUAGCCAGGAUGGGAGCGCGAGGCCCGGAUGCGGAAAGCCUGAGCGGUGCUGGGUCGGUUGCCCGUGGUUACCACGCAGCGUGUCCGUGCUGGGGGCUCCGCGUGCCGGCGCCAUGACACGAUACUGUGCGGCCCCAGGCUGCAAGAACCGGGGGGGGCAGGCGGCGGCAGGGAAACAGCAGAGAGUCUCCUUCUACCCGUUUCCACUACAUGACAAGGGAAGACUACAGCAAUGGUUGUGGAAUAUGAAACAAAGCAAAUGGUAUCCUACUAAACACCAGGUGUUAUGCAGUGACCAUUUUACCGCCGAUUGCUUUAACAUCAGAUGGGGUAUUCGAUAUUUGAAACCCAAUGCUGUACCAACUAUUUUCCCCUGUGCAUCAAGUUUCCAGAGUGAAAAUACAAAGGAAGGCAAAGAAGAAUGCAUGAACACAGUAGAAGACACGUCUUCAGAGAUCAUUGAGUUUUGUCCGCUAGAAGAAAAAUCACUGUUGACUCCUAUACUAACAUCUGAUGAGUCUUGUAUUAAGCCACUUCAUACAAAGUAUAUAAUUAAUAGGGAUUUGUUAAUGGAUCAGUCUAAAGAAUUACUUUGCCAAGAGUCAAAUAAAGACACUAACAUUCCAGUUUGCCAGCAAAUCAGUUUGGAGGAACAUAGCGGCUUCAUUAGCACUGUGCCCAGUUUGAAUUUGGGGCUGCACACUACUAAUAAGCAUCAUUCAACAGGAGAGCAAGAUGAUGGUGAGACAGAAAACUACAGUGGCUGUCAUACAGAUCAUUUUAGGGACCAACAAACAUCCUUUCAAGAACAUGAGGCAUUUAAAACUAUUGAACUAACUUCACCUAAACAGUCCGUUAUUACAAUUAUUUUGCCAGAGGGAAAUUUUGAAAAAAAGCCAAUUUUCAUUGAGUCUUUGAUACCUAACGAUCAUUCGUAUACUGAUAUGCAACAAUUUGAUUUAGGAAAUGCACAUGGCGUUGACUCCGAUUGUGCUUAUGAAGUGUUAGAAAAUGAACAUUCAUACUGCAGACAAGAAUUUAACAGGAAUCAAAUAUGGGAAAAGAUUACUAAACUAAAAUGCAAAAUAGCACUCCUUGAAGUCCAGGAACAUGCCACAUUGUCCCGUUUACAGGUCCUUGAGACUCUCAUUAGGCAGUUAAAGCAGGAAAAUCUGUUAUCUGAUGAAAAGUUACAACUAGUUGAGAACUGUUGUAACAACUUUGAGAUUGCCAUAGUACAAUGAAAAGUCACUCAGGUUUUCUGCAUUUGUAGUUGUUAUUGGGAUUUCUCCAUCAAGUGAAAGCUAUGGGGAAAUAACAGCAGAAUUGCACAUUUUACACCAAAAUGGCCAAGCUGGAAACAAAGUUGUUAGAGCAUUUUUGUCAUCUUAGCAAAAAGUGUGCAAUUGCCUUGUCUGUUCUUCACAAUCGCAGGGAGUAACCUCGCAAUACCUUCCUUUUAACUUUAAUUUGCACUAGGGUAGACUUUAUCAAAUAGUUUGCCUUUUAUUUACCAGGAUGUUUAAAAUGUGUAUUGGACAGCAUUCCUGUAACAUUUGUUUACAUUAGCAAUUUUAAACCAGUGUCGCUGAUCUAAGAAAUUCUCACUAGAGAUUAUGCUCGUUUGUUCACAUCCAUUCAAUGGAAACUAGAACAUCUAUUUCAAGACAAAUGUUAUUUAAGAUAUCUUCCUCAGUCAGAUCAUCUGUAUCUGUAGAUUAUUUUAAAUGGACACCAUAGGCACUAGAACUACUGCAGCUUAAUCUCAUCGUUCUGGAGAAAAUACACUGUCCCUAAAGCCUCAGCAGUGUAUAUGUUUUCUUUUCCUAUUUACUGCCACUACAGUUACUUCCUGGGUUCAGUCCUGCAAAGAUUGAGGCUCUGAUGGAGACUCUGAAAUCUUCUUACAGGGAUGCAUUGCUUAACACUAUAUAGUGUAUAUUUAAGAGGUACAUAACUGUAUUACAGCUGGUUAUGUCCAUUGAAUGUAUGUGCUCUUAUGACACUGGUGAUUUAUGUAAGCUUGUGACAUAAAAGUGUAGUGCAUACACACUGUCUGUAGUACACUGGAAAACUGGAAUUUCAGAAGACUUUGUUUUAAAAAAAAAAAUAUAUAUAUAUAUAUUUACCAUUCUGAGAUAUUUUCCUAUGC